AUGUCCAAUGCAGCCUCUGGAAAUGGUGAGAACACGCCUGGCGCUCAACGACUCGUCACGCUGGAUUUCCCGGCGCCGCUUCAACAGCGCGUCAUCAACGCGCUCAAAGCAGACCCCAAGACCGUCGACCUGCGCGCCCAGGCACCGCACUUCUACGCUCUCGGUGCCCGAAUCAUGGAGUUGUUCGAUGAUCGCGCGGUGCUGGAUACCUUGUUAGAUACAUUCAAACAACGAGCGGCAGAGAUUGCCGAUCAGGCACAUAACCCCCGAGGCGCAUUGGGUGACGGAGCAGAGUUUCUGAGAGGAUUGGAGGAGAGUGAGCGACAGCUAUUCAAGGCGGCACACGAGGGUCCCAAAGCCGUCAGAGCUUGGACGCAGGACUUGAAGAAGAAUACUUGA